UUUCUGAGGGUAUAUUAGCUGUAUAUUAGCGAUAAAUCCACGGUCACACUGCUCUCACGGCUAAAAUUUUGUUUUAAAAUAGAAAUUGUGUGUUAAUUUUUGAUAAUUCGCAUUUCAAAGUUGUUAAAAACUAUGGCUGCCCAGUUUUUCAAUCGCAUUGGCCAGAUGGGCCUCGGAGUGGCAGUGCUCGGCGGCGUUGUUAAUUCCGCAUUAUAUAAUGUGGAGGGGGGCCAUCGAGCUGUGAUCUUUGAUCGUUUCACCGGCAUCAAGGAGCACGUAGUUGGCGAGGGCACGCACUUCUUCAUACCAUGGGUGCAGCGACCCAUCAUUUUCGACAUACGCUCUCAGCCCCGCAACGUUCCAGUCAUCACGGGCAGCAAGGAUUUGCAGAAUGUUAACAUUACACUGCGUAUCCUGUACCGUCCCAUACCCGAUCAGCUGCCAAAGAUUUACACGAUUUUGGGCCAGGACUACGAUGAGCGUGUCCUGCCAUCCAUUGCUCCUGAGGUGCUGAAGGCGGUCGUCGCUCAAUUCGAUGCCGGAGAGCUGAUUACUCAGCGCGAGAUGGUUUCGCAGCGCGUAUCACAGGAGCUGACCUUGCGCGCCAAUCAGUUCGGGUUCAUUCUGGACGACAUCUCUCUGACACACUUGACCUUUGGCCGUGAGUUCACGCUGGCCGUUGAGAUGAAACAAGUUGCCCAGCAGGAGGCAGAGAAGGCCCGCUUCGUUGUGGAGAAGGCCGAACAGCAGAAGCUAGCAUCGAUCAUUUCGGCCGAGGGUGAUGCCGCCGCUGCCGGUUUGCUGGCCAAAUCGUUCGGCGAGGCUGGUGACGGUUUGGUCGAGCUGCGUCGUAUUGAAGCCGCCGAGGACAUUGCUUACCAACUGUCAAGAUCCCGUGGCGUUGCCUACUUGCCCAGUGGCCAGAACACGCUCCUGAAUCUGCCCUCGACCAUUGCGCAGUAGCUCGGCGCGUCUAGUUCCGUUAAGUUGUAACUACCUUUAGCAUUUACUAAGUACUUUUCAAUUUGUUUCCGCUGAAAUACGCACUAUUGUAAUGUGCCCACUGACUGACUGGAAUAAUGAAGCGAAACAACCAAAAAAUUUGUCCCUUGUCAAUGGUUUUUCCCCACUCUUCCUUAUUAUGCUUGGAUCGAUUGUCGCAGCGUGUGCCUCAAUGUGGCUCAACUUUCGUUGUCUCCCUGUGAGCUGUUUAGGCCCACCCCGCGAAUUGGUUUAUAAAAUCGAGAUCUAUCCAAACUGAAUCCAGUUAAUCAAUGAAACCUAAACCUAAACAACAAGAGAUGUUGGUUAUGUGAAGAAACAAUACAAUAAAUAAUACACAUUA